CGUGUCCGUCCCCUCAUGGCGGUGCUGUGUGGGGCCGUGCUGGGCCGCUCGCUGAGGCUCGCUGAGACUCGCAGCUGCAGGCCCUGGAAGCCGGUCCUGCUCCUGCUCAGCCCGCCGGCUUUCUCCACGACCUGCGCCCGGUGCGCCAAGGACAGGCGGCUGAGGCAAAAAAGAGCCAUUUCGGAGCGGCAGCUGACACGUUAUUUCGUGGAUCAGCGGAAAGUGCGCGUGGUUGGAGGACAAGGAGGAGGAGGGGGCCAUUCCUUCUACAGUGAGCCCAGAAAAGUAUUUGGAGGUCCUGAUGGUGGAAAUGGAGGUGAUGGGGGUCAUGUAAUUUUUAAAGCUGACCAGCAAAUGAAAUCACUUUCUUCAGUGUUCCCCUUCUAUCAUGGUUUUAACGGAGAGAGAGGAGGAAGCAAAAACUGUUAUGGAGCUAAUGGUGCACACAUGUAUGUUAAAGUCCCUGUAGGUACUUUGGUGAAGGAGGAUGGCAAAGUUGUGGCUGACCUCACUCAGCAUGGAGAAGAGUACAUUGCAGCUUACGGAGGAGCUGGAGGCAAAGGGAAUCGCUUCUUUCUCUCCAAUGAAAACCGCGCUCCGACAUUAUUUACUCCAGGAGAGCCAGGUCAGGAGAGGGUCCUUCAUCUGGAGCUCAAGACAGCAGCUCAUGCAGGAUUGGUGGGCUUUCCCAAUGCUGGCAAAUCCUCACUUUUGAGAGCCAUCUCCCGGGCAAAGCCAGCUGUGGCUGCCUAUCCAUUCACAACCCUAAACCCUCAUGUUGGCAUUGUCCACUAUCAAGACUAUGAACAAGUGGCAGUUGCUGACAUUCCUGGCCUGAUCAAAGGUGCUCAUCAGAACCGUGGGCUGGGGAUGGCUUUCCUAAAGCACAUUGAGCGCUGCCGCUUCCUCUUGUACGUGGUGGAUCUCUCCGUGCCUCAGCCGUGGAUCCAGCUGCAAGACUUGAAAAAUGAACUGGAAGCAUAUGAAAAAGGCUUGUCUGAGAGGCCUUGUGUUGUGGUUGGGAAUAAGAUUGACCUUGCUCAGUCCAGAAUCAAUCUGCCACUCCUUAGGGAGCAGGUUGCUGACAGAGUCAUCGCGUUGUCUGCGCUGACAGGAGACAACUUGGAGGAGCUGCUGUUGCAUCUGAGAGAACUGUAUGACACUUAUGUGAGGACAGAACAGGCACAAGGACAAAGCCCAGUCAAGUGGUAGAAGCCACAACUGCUGUGAACUGUGCUGGAAAGGAGAACAAAGUUAAAGUAGCAGCUUGAUUUGACUGCAUCUCUGUGAUCUGGGCUUCUUGUGGUUGUUUUCUUUGUUAAAAUGGAAGGUCACAUCAUGGAGAUUGAUUCUGGACUGCUGCUUUGGAAAGAUUGUUUUAUUUAUUUGUUCACCUUUGAGGUGUCUCUGAAGUUUUACAACAAAGCUUGAAAAUUGUAAUCAUGGUGGGUGUUGAACUGGAAACCUGGCUCUUGUUUGGCAUACUGUGGAAUGAAGAGAAUGCUGUCUAGUAGAAAUGACUGAAAUUCAGAAUCUGCAGGAGAAGUUGGCUUAUUUUAUGAAGUAUAGUGAAGUGGCUUUCUCAAUUUUCACUAAUCAAAAGUUCUGAAAUAAAAUCAGGUGCUCCAGUGUUUAUCUGUUUUUAUAUGAUGGCAAAUUUCAGUUGUGUCUUAAAACUUUUCUCCUGUUGUGCUUUGGUGUGGGUUUUUUUCCUCAGAGGAGGCACAGCUCAGUAAUUUUAGAGAGGAGGAGCAUGAAAGACCUGCAAUUAAUGACUGAAAUGACAUCCUCAUUAAUAUAAAUAAUUUACUAUAUUUAAAUGCUGGCAGGCGCUAAGUAGCUGAAUAAACUGACCAGGAACCAGCUGUUUGAGACUCACAUCUGAGUUCUCCCAUUUAGGAAUCUCAGGCAGUGUUCUGAGAAAUCCUAGGCUUAGAUACAUCAAAUAAAAGAAACAGUUCUUUAUGUGUGUGUGUUCCCCCUCUUUUUUUAACUAUGUCACUUUAUGGACUGUGUUCUUAAGCUUCAGGAAUUCAGGAAUCUUAAUUUAGAACCGUGAUCUUUGCCCCCUCCUCAUACUGAAAAAAGAGCUGCUUCUGUAUACUCUGGUUAUAUUUUCUGUAAAAGAUUAUUAUCUUCAUAAUGGAAAGUCAAAAUUCAUCAAAGCAUAUUAUUAAAUUUUUUGAUAAGACACCUGAACAGGCUUGUGGGGUGCUGAGACACAAACACUGUCAGAAAUAGAGGAAAUUGUUGAGUGGAUAUGAAAAAACACUCAGCUGUAGUCUCUAACCACAGUGAAGGUGAUUAUUGUCUCUGCUUCUUUCACUUCACAUUUUUGAUUUUAUCCCUGGUAGUCUAAUGCUUCUGCAUGGAACAUCCUUAAAAGCAGGGUUUUAACUCUGAAAAAGUACAGGUCAACUUGAAAGCCUGAACUGAUUAAUAAAUUAUGGCAAACCAAGUAGUUCCCACUCCUGAAUUCUCAUUCUGAGUUUAUCUGUUUGUGAUCAGGUGUGGGACGUAAUCUGUGCAUUAUAAGCAGUGAUGCUGGUAAGAAUAGGAUGAGGCAAAAAGCAAAACUAGUAUUAAAUCCUAAAGUCUCUCUAAUGUUUUGCUUCAUCCCUGGGAUUUACUGAGUUGAAUUAAAUAGAAAUUUAAUAUUCAGUUCAGUUCUUCUGUUUGGAUUUGUGUGGCAUUUUUAGGCUUCACUGCUGUUUUUUCUGCUAUUGCUACAUGCUUUUCAUCCACUUUUAAUAAAACCAGGGGAAGGUUGCCUGAACACCGAAGCUGGUGCAGUUUCUUAGCAGAUUAUUUAAUACCCAGAGAUGCUUUGCACGCUCUCUGGCUGUGUUGAGAGUGCCAAAGGCUGUUUCAAAAGCCUCAGUACUCUGAGGAGCUUUCACCCUCCCUUUAGUGCUCAGGUACCCUCAGUUCUUGCAGGAAGAGCCGUGUUGUUUACUGGUGUGCAGAAAGCACAGCAGGUUUCCUGACACCUCCCAGGAGUGUGCCAUUGAUCCUGGAGUUGGUUCUUUGUUCUUAGCACUUCAGCCACCUGCUCUGAGGUGACAGCACCAAGUUCCUAAAGCCGUGUUCUUGCUCAGCUCUCUUCUUUGCAUGUUGCUAUAUUGUUAUGCCAGGUGAGGAUGUGCAUUUGUGUAUUUUAUACACAUUUCCUGACUGAUGAGUGAGAAGACCAACCAUACUACAAUUCCAUAUAAUUAUGGUUUAAUAACUCACUCGUGUCUGCAUAUUCCAGUUCAAUAAGAGGGUUGUGGUUGGUUACUUUGUUACAAUCCAUUUAUUCUGGUGACAUUCAAUUCAUUUAAUUGGAGUGAGUGGCAUAAUGCAGUGGUGACCUGGGUUCAGUCUGUUGGGCUUUUAACCUGACUGUAGCACUGCAGCACUCAAAUGCUGUUAUUUUAUGUCAUGAUGAGUGAGUACAAGACACAAAACAUGAAGAGCCUUGUGCUUAUUCACAUACGCUGAAAAUGUUUUAUACAGACACAACCACCUUUUAAAAUGCAUGUUUAGAAAUGCACUUUAGAUCCAGACUUACUAAAACUGAUUGAAAAUCUGAAAAUGAACUGCUGAACAAAUUAUCUUUUGUUAUUCAAAUCCUACAUGGGGCCUUUUUUUGUCUUUGUAACUGGAGAAAUCAAUAGGCAAUGUGCUGGUAACAGUCAAUAUUUCAGAAAGCAUCUGAUGGUUUGGGAUCAAUUUUUGCAUAUGGAAAAGCUUUGUCAUGGAUUAAAGAUUUCUCAUUUGAAUCUUG